AUGGCUGCAGGAAGGCAGCGGGUAAAGACGAAGGAAAAUAAUUUUAAACAGGAGGAGGACAAUGAGGAGGUCCUAAGAGCGAGAAAAGAAAACGGUGUCACCUGCGGAGCACGAGGCGGCUGGAAGAGGGGAGGCACCGCGAGGCCCGCAGGACGAGGAUUUGCAAUUCGAAGAAAACAAAAGAUCGAAAGACAAUACAGGAAAUUGUUGAAAAAGGGGAGAAAGGUCCAUUCACAACAGGAUAAUCAGUUUACGGAUACUUAUCCAGAGCACUUGAAACAUCUUUACCUAGCUGAGGAAGAAAUGCUUAAGAAACGGCGCAGGGCUCCAGAUGAUUCAGUUUUAUCAGAAGAAAAACUUAAUAAAGCAGUAGAGUCAGUUAUGACUGAAGGGAAGCUUAAGAAGAAAACAUCCAAUCAGAAGGCAAAAGAAGAGUAUGAGAAAAUAAAGGCUGAGCGUGCUAGAAAGAAAGAGGAAGCAGAAAAAAGAAAACAACAAAGAGAAGCAGCUCAACGGUUGUACAAGCAAAAGAAAAUGGAAGCUUAUAAAAUAUUGAGUAAGAAGACGAAAAGAGGACAGCCAAAUCUAAACUUACAAAUGGAGUUUCUUCUUCAGAAAAUACAGCAAAAUACAUAAACCUCUGCAUACAUCUUAAUUGCAGGUCUUGAGUUACCUGUGGACAUUUUAUUGAUUUUAAUAAAUAAUGUCUUUUUGCUUCUAUAUGACUUUCGUUACUGGCUUGAUUUACUCAUCAGUCCAAUAGUAGAGGAUAUUAAUCCCAAAUGUAUGUAUUCUAUGCUGAGAGCGAGAGAGAUCUGGUACCUUGAAAAUAAAUGGUCUGUAUUUCUAAACUUAAA